GGGGACACCUACCCGGUGGGACAUCAUUCACCCGCUGCUCGGCCAUCGCCACGCACACACACACAGCGCGGACUCCAUACUCGUAUUCCUCAACAUGAACCUCAAGGUUUGUCUGGUAGCAGCUGUGUUGGGCGUGGCCUCUGCCGGGCCCCUCCCCCAGCCUGACGACGCCCCUUCUGCCUACGGCCCGUACUCCGCCCCACAUCCUGAGGAACCCUCGUACGAGCCCCCUUCUUCCUACCCUGCCCGCUACCAGGAGGAACCCUCGUACGCCCCCCACCCACAGACCUACGAGGAGGAUCCACCCAAGCCAUACGCCUUUGAAUACGGCGUGAACGACGGCUACUCCGGCGCCAACUACGGCCACAACGAAAACUCUGACGGGCAGGAGGUGGUCGGGUCCUACCAGGUGGACCUCCCCGACGGCCGCACCCAGAUUGUCUCCUACAAGGCCGACCACUACAAUGGCUUCCAGGCCCAAGUCGAGUACAAGGGUGAGGCCCAGUACCCCGAAACUCAAGAAUACCAGCCAGGAUACCCAGCACCAUCAUACCCCGCCCCAGCACCAUCAUACCCCGCCCCAUCACCUUCAUACUCACCCCAAGAGCCAGUCUAUGAUGCCCCAGUUCAGUCAUACCCUGAGGAGCCAGCUCCAGUCGAGUAUAACUAAAGGGGUAUGCGACUCGCCACUCCGAUAUACCCACAUUAAAAGGACCCGUCUAUAAAGUUCCUACCCCGAUUGAGUAUAACGAAGAAUAUACAAAACGUCCCUCCGAUAUAACCCAUACCUGGCACCCUCCUAGAAGCACGCUCUGGUCGAGUAUAACUUGAAGUAUCCCAACAACUCAUCAACCCCACCAAUGGCUGGCCACUAGACCUAACCACGAACAAGACGUAGGUGGACGGCCGAUCAAUGGCAGCUCAAUGUGUGGCCUUAGGCACCCCUACCCUCCACCCCCUCCUCACGUAGAGUAACUUUCCCCAGGAGGACCAAUGCCCAAUAAGGGUUACCCCCCUAAAGAUCACUUCAUCAUGAGGAUCACUUGUCCAUGACAACCGCUUCCUCGUGAGGAUCAACACCCCAUAAGGACCGCUGCUUCACGUGGGUCACGACCCAAUGAGGAUCACUGCUCAAUAAGGACUCCAGGUAUAGUUCAAUACUACGGGAUCACCUCACUCAGGAUUACUUCCUUGUGUGGAUCACUUACCCAAGAGGAUCACUUCUCCAAAAGGAUUACUUCCCCACGAGAACUCCCAGGUGGAUCACUUCCCCCAAGAGGACUCCCCCUCCCCAGGUGGACACAUCUCGCAGGUCGAGGCCACCACUAGUCACUAUAAGAUUGUUGUUUGUGCCAUCCUGCACUCCACCGUAAUAACACAUACAUGUCUGCAUAAAA